AUGGGUCUCAAAUCGUGUUGCGCCACAGGCUCCCUCCACAGCGGCCAACCGACCGGUCGGAUCGAUAAAGUACACGGCCUUGACUGCUAUAUCGCUGAUGCACCAAACGGACCGCCCAAAGGCAUCGUCGUAAUCAUCCCAGAUGCAUUCGGAUGGACAUUUCCAAACAACAGAGUCCUGGCCGACUGCUACGCAAAAGAAGGCAACUUCACCGUCUACCUACCCGAGUUCAUGAACGGCGUUAUACUCCCUCCUGACCUCCUGGACUCUAUGAAAGCCAUCCAACAGCCAGGCUUGUCCCUCUCCAAAAUUCCUCAUAUCUUCUACGCCAUGCGCACCUUCCUCCCUUUCAUGUUCUGGUGCCGUCCCGCGGCCUGCGGACCCCGGAUCUGGUCCUUCCUCUCGUCCCUCAAAACCAACGAAGCCAGCAACCUCUCCAUCGGAACCGCUGGAUUCUGCUGGGGCGGGAAGUUCGUCACCCAACUAUGCUGGGACGGCGCCGAAAACCGCCUCAAAGACGGCGCGCAGGUGACCAAAUGCGGGUUCGUCGCUCACCCGUCGUUCUUGACGUACCCAGACGAUAUCAACAAGGUUGAGCUGCCGUACGCGGUUGCGGCUGCGGAGAACGAUCAGCAGAUGAGUCCGGAGCAGGCCAAGCAAACGCAGGCGACUUUGAAGGAGAAGACGGAGAAGGGGAAGGCGAAGGGGGUGGAGCAUGAGUUUGUGUUUUAUCCCGGUGCGCAUCAUGGAUUUGCUGUGAGGGCGGAUGAGGAUGAUAAGGAGGAGGCGGAGCGCGGGAAGCAGGCCGAGGCGCAGGCGGUGAGGUGGUUCCAGCGGUGGUUGGCUUCUCCAGCGUGA